CGAUAUUUGAUAUCGUCAAAAAUAGUUAAUUUUAGUAUAUAUAGUAUGUACCGCCGAAGUGGAUACAACAAAAAUAGUUCAAAUUAUCCUUAGCAAAAAGUUGUAAAAAUAAUAUUUGGACGUUGGCACAAAGUAAGAGAGUUUGAUUACUUUGUCCUUUGCGACUUGGUUAGCAUAUUCUGUAAAAGGAUUAAGGAGCAUUAUAAUCACUUGGAGUGGAAAUUACUUUCGACCUUUCAACUAUUUAUGAUAUUGAAAGCGAAAGACAAAACAGCUGGAAGAAAAUGGAUUUCCCAUAUUUAGAACAGCAGUUUAAAAUGAAAGAAAAUGAAAUGAUAAAUUUUCAUGAAUGUAACAGUUCCAGUACAUUUAUGAGCUUCACCGAUAAUAACGAAAAGGAAACUAAAGAUGAAAUAACAUUUAGUGAUAUAUCACCCCAUAAAGAAUCUGAUUUAGACUAUUAUGAAGAUAACUUUUCUGACUUGCACGGCUACGACAGUUCUGACGAAGAGUUUGACGGACCUGAAUGCAAAAUGAAAGAAAACGAAGAAGAGCUUAGCAAACAUGAAAAUAUUAAACUAGCUGCAGAAGAAUAUAAAAAAAUUGGCAAUGAACUUGUCAACCAGAGGAAAUACGAAGAAGCAAUAGAGCCUUACACAAAAGCGAUUAAACUUUAUAACCAGGACCCGAUUUUUUUCGCUAACAGGGCAGUCUGCUUUAUUAAAAUGGAAAAUUUCAAAGCAUCUGAAGCGGACUGCUCAGAGGCAAUUAAAUUGGACUACAAAUAUGUCAAAGCGUAUAUACGAAGGGCGAGUGCAAGAAAAGCACUUAACAAUUUGGAAGGUGCCUGCAGAGAUUUGCAAAGCAUUGUUAUUUUAGAACCAAACAAUAUUACCGUUAAAAAUGAAUUUAUUGCAUUACGAGACCAACUAUUAGAAAAUAAAGCAUUCCAUAAACCUUAUUUUGAUUAGUUUGAAAGUGAAUUGAAUGCUCACUUUUUAAAUUUUUUUUUUUAAACUUGUUCCCUUAAUGUGGUACAUGAAAACGGUGUAAAUUAAAAUUAUAAUAAAUUUAUCUAAACAAUUAUAA